ACCGGAUUAUCACACUUUGUUGAAAUUGCAGUUACUUUCCAUGCCCAUACCAUCAGAUGUCAAAGUGAAGCGUACAGGUUCUUUUGUUCAAUGGACAUGUACACCUGGAGACUCUUUGAUUCCUGUUGUUUACGGCUGUCAAUUUUCUACACAGCAGGCAGCUGUUGAGUUUGAAACGAACCUCUCUUUAGCAGUAUGUGAUGGAGGAUCAGGGCAAAUUCAUCAUCAGAUGGAAUCUGAUACUUCGUCCUGUCAAAAUAUGGUAGUCCAGCAGGCGAAUGACUUGCUCAUCAAAGUUCACUUGCCAGGAAAGCAGACAACCACUGUUGCUGUGUCUUCAAAUAUGUCUGUUCACGACUUUUUGCUGUAUGUGUGUGAGCGGAGACACUUGCGCCCAGCAUUGCAUGGUUUAACUCUUCCUCCUGAUUGCCCUGGCAAAAGCUCACAUCAGCUUCAAAGGCUAACAAAGAUUGGCUCUCUGAAGACUCAUGAAAUUCAUCUUGUUCGUUUGCCUAAAAGCAUUGAUGGUGCUCAACAAGUAACUGUGGAAACAGUAGGCACCAAGUCAAAAUCUGCACGAGAUCGUCAACUUUUUUUGACUGUUCAUCUUCCCUUUGCUAAAGGAAAAAUGACCAUUUCUGUUUUUCCUGCUAUGCUGACAUGUGAUCUGUUGGCAUUCGUGUGCAAGAAACAAGGAUUUAAACCAUCUCUAUCUGCUUUGGAAUUUGUUCAUUCAAAAAAUGGCAAAUCGGUCAUUGACUUGCAUUGUUGUGUUGGUGAUCUCAAAGUAAAUGAAGUAAAGCUGGUCAUUAAUCAAGGAGAAAUGGCAGGACUACAUAGUGCAGCUUCUGCUCAACCAGGUGCAGUAUUAAAGAAGGGAAAACAGCACUUUAAGGUUGAAUCACAGGAAGAAGUUGCUGUCAAUUCCAAACAACAGACUUCCUCUAAGGUGUCUACUUGCUCAUUGUCAUCUAGAGGCUAUGGCCACAUCGCUUUGGAUGCUAAUGGUUUAGCGCCUGAAUGGGAGCAGUUCUUUUGUAUGGCCAACCUUGUACCAGAAGCUUUCGACCUAGUCUUUAUUGAAACUCUCAACAGUCUUGUUAUUAAGUUUGGAGGACUCGAAGGUAUUCUCCAUAAUGAGAGUGUUCGCUCUUCUUUCUUUCAAUCAUCUGAAUUCCUUGCACUGCAAAGAGGUGAUAAACUGGUGCUUCCAUUGUCUUCUCCUUUACAGUCUAAGCGAACCCGUAAAAAGGCGGCUCCGUUACCACCAAUUUCUCCUAAUAUAAGCAAGGUUCAACUUGCUGGGUCUAUUGUUUUGGAUUCAGCUAUGUUGCAGAAGUCACCAAAACAGAAAGCUCCUCUACCCCCUUUGCAUCAUGGUCAGCGUACUCAUCAAGCUGAUAACAGCAAUAGCAGGGUAUUUGGUGAAAAAAGAAUCAACAACAAUGCUUUGCAAUUCUCAUCAUAUAGUAGCUUUGCUGGGAUUAGGAAAGGCCACCAGGCUGUUAUUGGUUCUACAGCUCAAAGUGAGCUUGCAGUGGAACUUGACAGAAUGGGGAACACUGAAAAGAAGGAUGUUUUGGUUCCUAGUCAUAGUAUUGCUGGUCACACAGUUGCAGCAGGUAGUAUGAUUUUGCCUGAUGAAAUGUUCAGGGGCACUACAGGGGGUAUUGAUCAACAUUUGGACCUUCCGCUGCCAUCUCCACCUUUUGAAGAUUACGAUACCCUCUACACGGGAGGUGAUGAUUUGCCUCCACCUCCUGAAGAUGCAGUCGUUGAAUUAACGUAUGAGCUGGGGGAUGAUCUGCCUCUACCUCCAGAACUGCAUGAAAGCAAAUGUUCUCCUUUGGAUCAGGAAGAUGAUGACAACGCACAAGAAAUCUGUCCAGUGCUAGGGAAGCAACCAAAGCUAAGAGAUUCUGUGCACAGUUCAUUUGAGGUUGAGAUGGAUGAGUUAUCAUCACUUCUCGAUUCUGUGGUAGCGGAAGCUGAAGCAUAUCUCACUUCUCCAAAUGUCAACUCUGACACAUCUUCAGAAAGAAUUCUUGUUUCACAGAAGAAAAGAAAGGUUCCUCCUCCAGUACCCAAAAAGCCAAAUAGUGCUCAACGUUGUAGUCUUUUCAAAUUGCAAAACUCGGAAGGGAGUCAAUUGUCAGUUGGAAACAGCAUAAAGGCAGUAGCCCCUACUUUUCAUGACAAUGCCCCUUUUGUGAAUAGAGGUCUGUUUCCACCUCCAUGUCCUGUUCCGUAUGCUGAAUCACCAGCAGCAAAGCGCCGUGUAAGUCAUGCUCAUGAGAGUUUGGUCGCAUCAUCCCAGAACACUUCUAUGUGCAAUCUGAAGUCAGCCAUGCAAUGUAAAAGAGAUUCGACUGUUUGUAAUGUACGUGAGUCAAGUGAAGCAUCUAAAUCUACAGGUGGUUCUUACCAAUACAAAGGGUCUGUUACCCCUUUGCCUUUCCGAUCUCAAUAUCUCUUAGAUGACAUGAAGACUUCUGACCAAAGAGCAAGGUCUGGUAGUUUGCCUACCUCUACAAGAGUUGUCUCAGAGAAUGCCACUUCUAUGGCUUUUUGCCACUUAGUUUUGUCAGGUGUUACAGGAACUGUUCGUGGGAUUAAAGGUCAGGUGAAAGAACGCGUGAGGUCUUUUCCCGAUGUUCCUAAUGCAUUGUUUGACUCUGACAAGCAGAACACUGAGGAUAGGUGCUUAGAUUUUGCAGAUAGCAAGAAGGGAGAUUCUUGUACUGAGAAUGUUUAUGGUCAAGAUGUUAUGGAUACUAGUACAGCUACUGUGAAUGAGGAAAUUGCUUCUUUUCAUGUCAAUGAAGAGCAGGGAGAGAAUUGUCAACUACAGUCUUUUGAUUUGCAUGUACCAUCUGUCAGUAGGACUCGUGUAGAUAGGAUUGUGUUGAAUUUUCCACCUCCUCCAGCUGAAUCUCCUCCUUUAAGCAGUACACUGUCUUCAUAUAGCCCUUUCACUUCAUAUGAUAAUGUGAAAUUAGGACCUAGUGAUCCUGACAGUGAAGGCUGUAAAUUUCCAGCUUUGUUGCCUUUGCCAAUUUCUGAAGAAGUUGUAAGCACUGCAAACAGCAUUAAUUACAGUGCUACAAUAACAGGCUUUCCAACUGUGUUACCAUCACCAAUCACUGAGGAAGCUUUGGCUUUUUCAAAUAACAUUGACAAUGGGGACAGAGCACUGUAUGCAGACUGCUCUUCACUCUGUGGUAAAAAUGGUGUUGAAAAGCGUGAUGAAAUGCACACAAGUAAAGAGAUUAUGCCAGUACAGCUGCCACCUUUCCCUGCUGUAAUAGAUGAAUUGGACUGUCAGUCAAGUAACGACAUGUUAGAUAUGCUACCUCCUCCCCCACCAUUGACAGCAUCUUUACUUGAGGGUUCUACUUCUGCCAACAGUGAAACAGAUACCGCCUCUGAAUUUCAAUUCAAUUGUGAUGACACAGGUAUUAGUCCUGUUCGUAAUUCUGCAACUGAUUUUCCUUUGGUAGCAGAAAUUUUAUCACCUUCUUCAGAAGUAGAUUCCCAUGAGGUGCAGUUAGGAUAUGAGUUAGCUGAUACCAGUGAGGGUGUUGAAAGUAAACUAAAUUCACCGUUUCUGCUAUUGAAAGAGAUUGUAACUGAAAACAAAGAAAUUGUUUGGGAUGAAGGAGUGAGUACUCUUGAAAAUGUGACUUCAAAGACUGUAAAUGUAUCAGUUAAUUGUUGUGAAGCUUUUCCUGAUGAGAAUAUCUCCAUAGAUGAAGAAAGCAGGCAAUUGGCAGUGCCAUCCUGCUCUCUGUUAGUUGCACAACAGGCAAUGCAAGGAAAUGGCAACAGUAUUGUUAAUUUUGCCAAUACUCAAGCUCAAAGUGAAUGCUCUCAAUCACUGUCACUACCGGGAGACUGUGCAGAGACAGGUGCAUGUGAGACAGAAUUGAUGCCAACGUUAGGCCAAAGUCAACCAGGGAUGCUGCAAGUGCCUUCUACAAACCACCACUGCGUAACAGUUGGUAUUAGUGCAGCACCUAGUCAGCCUCUUAGUUCCUCGUUAUUAGCCUCAGCUCCUCAAACUUUGAUGACUGAGGCAGGAGAAAGCAAAGCCAACUGCAAUAGUGACUGCAAGAACAAGUCACUUUCUUUGGAGUCUUCAUUGGCUGCAUUGGAUUGUGGGUACCUACUGGGGGGAGUAACUGUGGUCUGCAACAAUGUAAAGGAAGUUACAUGUACUUCAGCAGAGGCAAUGCCAUUGUUAUCACCUGCUUGGCUUUCACAUCCGCAAACCAUUUCAAAUCAAUUGGAGAAAAGUUGCUGUAUGCAACAAUCUGUGUAUGCUUCAGAUUAUGUAUGUAGGGAAGGUCAUGGUGGACCACCUGCUGAUUCUGUUAUGAAUAUGGAUGACGACGGAGUGGUAUCCUCCUUGAUAGAGGAAGAGGAAGGAAGUGAGAGGUCUCAUGUUACAACAUUAUCUGACACACUUUCACCUUUUUCUGGAGCAGCUAUUGCUUCUCGGUAUGAUAUUGCUAUUUCACCAAUGAUGGAGUCUGAAGUAGUUAAUACUGGUCAAGGAGAUUCGAUUUCCCAUUUUAUAGGGGGGAGUGUUAAUAAUACUGUGUUGCUGGAUUCUAGUUCCAGUGAUUUCAACACGUCUCCAAGUCUUGACGAAGGAGGCGAUUGUUGUUCAUUUCGAUGUGAAGAAAAGCACAGUUCGUUUCCGAAGUUUGUUAGGAAAAGUGUCAUCACAACAAUACCUGUUACUGGUCAUUCCUCGGAAGUAUUGGGUCGAGAGGAAAGUUGUGAUUGUGAACACGUGACCAAAGCUAUUGGAGGAAAAACAGCUGAAUUAGGCCCUCGACUUGUGAAAGCAAAAAGUGAAGAUGAAUUGCUUUCUAGCAAUUAUCGCCUUCAUUGUCAUUCACAUAGCAGCUCAUCUCUUGGAGCUGCCAUGGCUGCCUCUCCAGCUGCUCGUCAAAUUGGGCAACUUCGCUGGAACUCAGAAGUCGACUUAGUUUCCUUGUAUGGUGAGUACAGUGAUGCUUAUGCAGAAGUGCUGGCAGAUAUCAGAGAUGGCAACAACUAUGCCAACCUGCGAAAGGUUGAAGUAGCACCUAGACGAAAAUCAAUAGCUACUACAUACACUGGUAUGGCAGCUGCCAUUGCUGAUGCCAUGAAGGCAAGGCGGAUGCGAUUGACUGAAUCAUUUGUGUCUUCAAACAGACGCUCUGUUGUUUGUGAAGACCAGGAAGAGGAGGAUUGGACCUAAUUCACUGCACCUAUAUUGACAAAAUGCUGUUAUCUAUGCACUGACGCGAAUCACGAACAACUCUACGUGUAGUACUUCGUUUAUAUUGCUAGUUGUAAGGCUUGAACACACACACCCGGUUUAGACGAAGUCUUAUCGAUGGAUAUUUAUAUCUCGUUCAUUAUUUAGUCAUAUUGGAGUAUUUUAAAUUGGUGGUGACCAAUUAUUUAUUCUAACAUUGACUGCUCCUUUAUUGCGAUUUGUGCAUGCAUAGAGGAGGUACACUGUACAGUAAGUACGUAGUGUACUAUAAAUAUA